AUGGAUGCGCUUUCCGAUCCGGGACUGGUGCGCAAACCACCGCCCGUCAUUUCUGCAGCUCAGCCCGCAUCAGCCCAGAAGAAGAGCAGGGGUCGGCAAACGAGCACGGGCUGGACUCGAUCGGGCUGUUUGACAUGCAAGCGACGUCGGAAGGGCUGCGAUAAAGCGAAACCGAGCUGCAAUAAUUGCCUCAAGCAAGGCCGACAAUGUGAGGGAUAUGGCUCUAUUUGGGUAGAGCCGCUUGGCCCAUCUGCGCAAGUCUUCAAGGUAGAAGGCCCCAAGCGGCGGCGACUCAGUGCAUCGUCACCCUCAACCUCUUGUGUCGACCCAUGGCUAGAGCUGCAGCGCUCACCCGGGUCGGCAACGCCGCCAGGCUGGUCUGUGCCGUCAUCACCACAGGAUCUGAAUGGAGAUCCCGAGAUUGAAAUCGUCAGCCCAAUGCUGGAGAUGGGGGAUCACCGCCACUCCGAUGUAUUAGCCACGACCCCUCGACCUCAUGGAUAUAUCAGCCAUCUCUCAGAAAAUGAAUCACACUACCUGCAAUACCACAUGGAGGAGGGCUCACGGCUUCUAGCCAAUCUCGAGAGCGAUGGAAAUCCGCUGCGAUCAAUUCUGAUCCCACGCGCGCUAUCGUCUCCAUUGCUGAUGAAAGCUGUGUGCGCCGUAUCAGCGCUCCAUCUUGCAAAUCGCUCUCAAGGCCUUAGUGCGCAAACAGCUGCUGCCAAUUUCUACGGGGGAACGCUCAGAGGCAUUCGGACAGCUCUCGUGGAAAGGCCUACAGAUUUGCUUCCUGACGACGCCAUGCUGGCGGUGGGACUACUGUGCAAGUACGAAGUUGUCCGCGGGAGUGUGACACAGUGGUCUGUCCACCUUGAUGCUCUGCAGCGCUUGCUUGUUUCCCGUGGAGGGUUUGCCUCGAUGGAUCGAGAGGCAGCUGAAUUUUUGCGAGGAUUAUUCGUCUAUGCCCACAGCAUGGCUCAGAUAACCAAUCGAAAACGUAUCACUUCAGCAGACGUCUCGCCCGUUGACGAUGAUAUUGGCAUCCCCCGAUUGGAUAUUUAUAUCGGAUACACCGAGGAGCUUCUGAAGACCUGUGGUCGGAUCUCUCAGCUCCAAUCUCUAAAAGAUGACAUGUUGGCCUUACGACUGGCCGUUGCAUCCAUUAAUGAAACCCUCACAAACUGGUCCCACGCUUCAGCGCGUUGCAUCACCCCGCCGGGCCUAACAGCGGCCAACCUAAACCGCCUCCAACUCGUCGCAGAAUGCUUCCGCGACGCAGCCUUCAUCCAUCUGCACUCGAUCCUCGAGCGCAUGAUCAUGCAACAAAAUGAUUCUUAUGACGUUGCGUCCAACGACAGUACUACUACACCCUCUCAUAUUCCUACCCAACUAAGCACCCUCAUAUCCACCCCGAAAUCCACUGCCGUGCACCGCUGCCUUUCCCGCGUGGAAUCGCUGCAUCUCGACCACCACUGCGAGUACUCGGCUCUGACAUUCCCGCUAUUCAUCGCAGGCUGCGAAAGCACCACAGCAGCACAGCGCGAACUUGUCACGCUGUCGCUUGAUAAACUGCAAAAUAACUUUGGCAUUGGUAAUGUGCGCCGUGCCAAGGACUUACUUGCUUCCUUGUGGAUGAGAAGGGAUGCAGAGAACCCGGAUGGGGUAAGCAAGCAUGUGCAUUGGUUGGAUGUCCUUGAAGAACUCGGGUGGGAGUUGAUUCUGGCAUGA